GCUCCAGACGGUUCGCGAGAGUCUGCGCAACCGACCCCGUGAAACACCGAACCGAGUCGAACAUCAACGAUUCCAUAGAUGGCGAACCAGGGCGUGCCACGGUGCACGCUGUGCCUUUUUAUUGCCACCAUCAGCUGCCAUGUCAUGGUCCUCGUCGGAAACCUGUACACCUCCAAGAUGCUGAGCGGCAUCGGCAGGUCGGCCAGCGGCUGGGGGAGUGUGGCGUCCAGCGUCUCGUACGCGUUGGACAAUGAGCUUCAGCCUGCGAUGGGCAACGUGACGCAGUGGCUCUCCACAGCCGUCGACGUCAUUGACGAGUUCGAGGAAGGUGUGGACAACAUGUUGUCCCUGACUGGCUCCACCAUCGAUAGCACUCUGAAACAAUAUGCGCCGAACAUGACCGAGGCGAAGUUCGAGGCGAUUGCUCGACAUCAUGUGGAGCAAGUGGCCACCAAAGCCAUGAAGAAGGUGGAGCCUUUAACCUACAAAGUCAUGGACAGCUUGAGGCCUCCCUUGAAGCAAGUCAACGAGUGGUUGGGCAGCUUCAGCGAGAAGAUCCAGGACACCUUGGAGGAGUUCGGCACCGUUGCCGAUCGUGCACAGAAGUUGGUGGACCAGGUGAUGACGCAGGUGAACUCUGCUGGAGGAAUGGCCGAGGAGAUGCUUUGGGAUACGUAUCACAUCUUCGAUCCCUAUGACGAUGGCAUUCAGCUCCACGAGUUCAAGUUGGUCGCCGACCAGUACGGCAUCUCCGCCCUCCAGGGGCAGAAGGCGAAUCAGCUCUUGAUGAAGUACGACGACAGUGGUGAUGGAUCGAUCCAAAUCAACGAGUACGAGAACAUGGUCACUGACCCCUCCGUACCAGGCAUGAUGACUACGAUCCUGAGGACCUACUCGAAGAAGCUGGCUUCCGUAGGCUCCGCGGUGAGGAACAGCCACAUGCGCGCAGAGGUGGCGGAGAACGUGGUGGACUACCUGAACAUUGUUUGUGGGAAGAAUCUCACCAAGGUCGAGUGGAUCACCUCCAAGUUGGUCAACGGCCAUUUGCCCAUGGAGUUUACCGCGGACAUCUUCUACCAGCUCUACAUGAAGAAGAUGGACCCCAACAACCUCUCCCCCGUGGAUGUGGGUUCAUUGGUGAUCAACUACACCAUGAAGGCCAAUGCCAAGAACACCGUGGCUGCUGUGGAUCAACUGGCGGACACCACCUUCUUCGCCAAGGAGGGCUUCGAUAUCACCAUCGAGGACGAGACCGUGGUCCAGGUGAUCCAAUGGGUCACCACCGCCAAAGGGGGCGAGGCUGCCAUGAAGGCGUUUGCCAAGAUUCAGCCCAAGGGCUCGGAGAGCUACGCGGACGCGUACAACACGGCGGUGCUGAAGAGCGAGCAGCGCUACACCGCCCUGACGGGCAACACCGGUGGACAGAGCCAAUACCACUCCGACGCGGCCCUGAACUUGAGGGACAUGCUGCUGGGCGGCAGCAGCGCGACCAGCAGCUCUGGGGAUCCAGAUGCCUUGCAGGCCUCGUCCGGGGCUCAGCCGGCGAAGCCGCAGACCUUGCUCUUCGCGGAGGAGUUGGCCAACAACGUGAGCCGCACCGUGACGGAUUUCAACAACCAGUGCUAUGCCUACUCGGGAACCAGCUCCAAUCCCUUGGAUAGCGCCUGCAACAGCAUCAAUGGGAUGAUCAAGAAGACCCAGAGCUUCUUGACCCUUAUGAACGAUGUGGCUGGACCUGGAGGACAGGAAUUCCUCCACAAGCAAGCCGACCAGUUCCUCAAUGGUACUGUGCAGGACAUCAUGCUGAUCUCCGACGCAUUGGUGGCGAAGGGACUCAAAACCGCCCAGUGCGCGGCGGGACAGAAGGCCGCCUGCAACUACGCCUAUCAGGUGCCGGAUGUGCCCAUGCAGCUGAACGGAGCCAUGACCUUUGUGACGAGCAACUUGAAGGACUUGCAGGGCAUCCUCCCACAGGUGGUGAAGAAUCUGAAAACGGCCAAGAAGGAGGUGGGUAUCGUCUCUGGCGUGAUCGAUUCCAUGUCUCAGAUCUUGGGUUUAAAGACCCCGCCUUUGCUGCAGCAGAUCGCCGGGAUGUACAAGACGGUGUGGAUCUUGUACUUUGUGUUUUUCUUCCUCUUCACUGGCUUCAUGUUGUUCUACGCCUUUUGGGCCAACGGAUGGUUUGGUGGACCUCAGGUGGAGCUGUCGACCGAGUCACCAGAACCACCACAGACCUUUAUGGAGCGCUUGAGGACCUGCUGUAGCAGCUGCACCGCGUGCCUAUCAGGAUGCACCUCCGGGCACCUUUGCUUCUGGUCUCUUUUGCUGUUAGCGCAGGUCGUGAUUCUGGUCCUGUUUGUAAUCUCCUUGGUGGUGUGCCUCAUCACAGGUCUCCAGGCGUUUUUGGGCGCUGGCUGCUCCAAGAUCUACCUCCUCACCGAUGCGGAGAUCUGCACUGCGGUCUUGACGAUUUUCCAGACCUUCCUGAAGACUUUUGGCUUCUUCGAGCCCAUCACUGACAGCUGCCUCCACCGAGAGUUACUCACAUGCAAGCUCAUCCGCGACGCGGUGGCGCACAUGUCGGUGAUGGCGAUCGUGGGAGGGCUUCUGGCCUCGGUCUUGUCCUUCCAAAUGCUGAUUGACUCGGCCAUCAAGCACGAACGAGCUCGAUGCGCCCGCAUGAUGGAGGCAGAAGGCUUGAUGAAGAAGGACGAGUGAGACCAUUCGCGCACGCCGACCGGGUCUCCGAAC